AUGUGGUACGCGCCGCCGGGAACGGCUCUCGACGAGCUGAUGUUCCACUUGCACCUCGUUGGAGUCUCUUGCAGGGGUAGGCUUUCCAGCUACAGCCACUGGGACUCCCUGUCGGUGCCGGCACACGGUAGAACCAUCCGAACGUGGUGCAGCGCGAGCAUGGGCGGACUCGAUCCUGAUGAGUUCGAGCCCGACCAAGCGACAAGAUUGAUCGAGCUGCACAAUGAGCUGGGUCUGAAGUUUAACCACGGCGUAUUAGACUUAAGAGUGUCGAGCCAGUAUAGCCAGUCCCUCCUCGCCCUUCUCGAGGUAUGCUGGCGGGGACCAAUCGCCGGUGCCGAGGAAGUGUCGGGGACUUUUUACGGGCCGGAAGAUUGGCAGUGUGACAUCAAUGGGGCACACACUGCGGUCCUUAUGAGCAUGGAGGUAGUACCCGUUUUCGGCCACGUGGAUGAGGUGGAGGAGUACGAUGACCACGACAUUGAGGAUUGGACCCUGUACAAAAUAGAACUGGAUGCACUCGGCAAACCUGACGUAUUCUUGAACGCGGAUGUAACACCAGUCUUCGGUCGAAACUACGAGCGUUACCUCGACCUCGUCGACACCGCUGCUCGCCGUAGAGUUACCCAUUUCGUGCGGCCGUCGAGGAUAGUCAGCAUGUGUCACAUACCCACCCUGGCGAAAGACCUGCUCGCGCAUGAGCUGGGUGAUCCCCUCCUACAGGAUGCAGACUGUGCCCGCAAGUUCAAGAAAGGAAUAUUCGUGCGGGCCAGUGGCAUGUUGCAGCAGAGAUACGCAGACAGGAUAGACGCUGUCAUGGCUACGGGCUGUGACGAGGCUUUCGCUGUGGGCGGCAAAAUUGUGCCUGUCCUAGGCGAGGUCGAUCGCGUGAAGGCUGAACUUCGGACGGGACAGGAGAAGCUUGGGAUCGAGUCACUUCGCACCGGUGAUACAUACCUUUGUUUGGAUGCGGAACGAACAUGGUACAGAGAUGGUUUCUGGGCGUUGGGUGCGCUCAUUCUUGACGAAACUCGAUUGCGAGUGUUGGAGGCGAGGAAUGCUCUCGAAUCUUGCGGCGCGUCUGGCUUUAGCUACCAGUGCGACGCGGUAUUCUUCAGGGGAUCUUCGUCGGUGCAAGGGAAGAUGAGACUUCGCUUCAGCGAUUUACGCGUUACCUCCAGCAAUGAGGCGAAUCCCUUGCCCACCGAAACACUGUCUGCGGGUCAUUCCUCUGUGGGAUGGCAUCGGUCCGGCUUCAGUUCGAUGGAACAUGUUCACGACGCCUGGCGUUCUCUCGAGAAGAACGCCAAGCGCAACCUGUGGCCAGAGAUAUGCGAGGCCGAGUCGCCAUCAAAACUAGAAAAUUUAAUCCGCGCCCACAUGCUCCGACAAGGUUCAAGGCUCGUGUGUGCGGUGACGGGAGAACACAGGGGGGCGGGGAAGAGUUACUGCGCUACCCGUGCUGCAACGGCCAUCUUCAAAACUGGGCUCGUCUUAACCCCCACCAAUAGUCUGAGAACGUCCUUCACAGACAUGCCAUGCGGGUGGAGUGAAAAGACCGCCGACCACCAGCUCGGUUUCUACCUGGGGAAUGGUUCUCACGUGAGGAAAACGGCGGGGCCGAUACGAACGCUUAAGGUUGACGUAAUCAUCAUCGAAGAAGCUGCGUACAUGCCUCUCCGGACCUUAAGAAUGAUCCUGGCUGCUGCCCAUAGCAGCGGCACCCACGUGAUAGGGACAUACGACACGCACCAACUCCAACCCGUGUGCGAUAGCAGCGGCAUGUCAAUUAGCAAGGACAACGUCGACAGGAGGGUCAUCCUCGAAAACGCCUUCCCCAUAUGCUUUCACGUCUUCGCGCGCAAGCGGGAUAAAACUGUCGAAGAACAGGUGGAGAUGGACGACGGCCUCUUGUACAUUCUGGCUGCAGGAGACGACAGUCACGAGGCGCAAACUCGAGCCAUUGAGAGGUGCUCAAUACCGGGACCUCGGGAACCUGGGCAAGGCCCGGCAUCCUCACGCCGACGUGCACUGGCUGUACACGGCUGUCAGUCGAGCGACCGGGCCCUCGAACGUGAGGGUCAUCGACGAUAUUCACCGCAGCGAGAGAGCAACAUCUUCGACCGAGAGAGGGUAUCCUGGGUUUCUAGGAAAGUCUCGAGCUUCAUCUAUGCCGACGUGACGGCCGGGCGUCUUGGACCAGAAGAGGGUGGAAGGCACAGAGAAGCCCUUGUUCAAGAACUCCUGAACUCUUACGGAGGUAGAUGCAACCUGUGCACCUGCGAGCUUGUCUGGGCUGUUUACAGUGAACGGCAGCCAACGCUCGAUCGCCUCGACUGCUCGCUGCCCCACACCGCGGAAAAUGUGGACGCGAAGUGCCUAAGGUGCAAUCGCGCUCGUGGUAGCCUGGGGAGAGGGCGCACAAAAAAGAAGAAAGUAGAGAGUAGUGGGAAGGAUGAGAGGGUUCGGGAAGUGUGGAUACAAAAUUUCGGCGCCGGGCACAACGCAGGUCCCGUCAAGAUAGAAAUCCGGCAAUUGCUCGUCCUUAUCAAGAAGAAGUCAUCCACGGCAAAGAAGUCGAAGAUGCGGAAGGGAUACCUGAAACAGCUACAGACGGCCUGGGAUCGCGAUGUGUCAUUCGGGAAAUUGGACCUUCCCCGAAAGUGGUCGGCCCGGCGCGCGAUACACUCGCGGAAGGUGUCUUUCACUGUACUCGCCGAUAUUGACGACCUCCUUAGGAAGGUGCGCUUGCUACCGCCCUACGUCUCCCGGUUAAAGGUCGCGCCGGAGGAGAAAAGCAUACCGAGAAUAAAACGCCAGGAAUCCUUGUAG